CAGCCUUGGAGCUAUCAAAUUAUUGUUUUCAUUUGAUCUAAUUAUCUAAUCUUUCCAAUUUUUUCAUUUAAAAAAAUAAAGUAAAAUUGAGGGUGGCGCCAGCUGCCGCCCAAUACGAAGGAUAUAUUUAGCUACUACCGUCCAUCCACUCAUCAAUCCAAGCGUCAAAAUGGCUGUUCAUGCAGACGCUGCGAAAUCGAAUUUACCCGAUUGCGCUCUCUCCGCCGGUGGAGACUUCGUGGCUUCCUUAAACAUCAAUGGCAUCAUCGACGAAACCGAGAAGUUUCCUAGUUUCCGGGAACCGCGGGAGAUCGGUCAGUUCUCCCUGGUGGGCUCCGAGCGCGAGUAUAGGGAAGGCAGCGAUCAGCUCAAGUACCUCCACAUGCCCAGCCAUCGGCACCGUCUCAUGUGGGACCUGAACCGCGGCUACGAGCAGGCCAUCCGCAAGGAGGAGGAGGACAGCCGCGAGAAGCUCGACAACCUACUCAGGUGGAUCAUGGCCAACAAGGCCAAGUUCGCCGUCAACAGUGCCGCGCAGCCAGCGCAGCCGCACGACUCCGCCAGCCUGCACACAGACUUUGUGUGCUACCGGGGCCUGCUGACGAAGCUGGCGUGCACCCCGUACGAGGCCAAGGAGGACUGGCUGGUGGCGGCCACGCUGUUCCGGGGCACCACCUACCUGUACGCCUUCCCCACCGAGGCGGAGAAAGCACGCAACGCCGCCCAGACUCCCCGCCAGGACCGCAUGACCUUCUGGGGGCGCAAGUUCGAGCAGUACAUGGUCACCGGCCAGCCCGGGGUGCCACCCGACACGAACGCCCAGGUGAACGAGCGUGAAGAGUUCUGCGUGGUGGCCCGCUGCCGCCUGGAGGCGCACUCCCUGGUGCUGGGGGCCGAGGUGGACUGCCGCGACCCCCGGGCCACCCCGUCCGCCCACCGGCCGGGCUCCACCUCGGCCUACGUGGAGCUCAAGACCUCCAGGGACUGCCUCAGCGAGCGCCAGUACCAAAGCUUCUGCAGGUUCAAGCUGCUCAAGUGGUGGGCCCAGUCCUUUCUGGUGGGCAUCCCCAGGGUGCUGUGCGGCUUCAGGGACGACGACGGCAAAGUGGGCACCAUCGAGGAGCUGAGCGUGCGCGAGAUGCCACACCGGGCCAAGGGACUGUGGUCAGGAGCCGUCUGCAUGAACUUCUGCAAUCGGAUGCUGUCCUUUAUCAAGAAGUGUGUCACGGAGGACGACCCCAAAGUGGUGCACCUGUUCCGCUUCCUGCCCUCCUCUCGCGACGUGGUCUGCACGAGACUCCCAAAGCCGGGAGACUUCCAAAUCCUGCCUCCCUGGUACCUCGACUCCUUUGGCCUCUGACCAGCGCCACCUGGAGGCUAGAAUUGCAGCCCUGCGAUCGUGUCCAGUGCUCCGUGUUGGUGGGUCCUGCAGAAACCCAGCCGCAGCGUUCCGGCCAAGCAAGUCCAAAGUGCUGUCUGAAAACACUACCGCGCGGCACCUGCAUCGUGGCUACAAGGACAACGAAAAAUCAAUGCGCCGGUUUUUUCGUCUGGUCUCAGCACGUCCACCGCAAAAACGAUCAUUGUCGCGUCGAUUGAGCGUGUUGCAACCUAUUGGUGGGUCAGCCAAAGUCCUGUUGCUGCAUGUUGGGAGUCCUAGCUCUGUUGAACAUCCUUCGUGCACAGCACAAUAAAUGGCAGUUUUAGAGCUGCAUGGCAUGAGCCAGGCGAUUUUACGUUGGAAAUUAAAAAAUAACAGCGGUGAGCAGUUUUCAUGCCGACAACAAAGCGAGGCUCCGCUACACCGCGAAAAUUAACUGCAGGCGAUAUUGCCAGUCAUCUGCUGUCGUAGUUUUCUACACUGCACUGUCGCAGUGCACAAACCUGCAAUCUGCGACAGUGCAGGUUUGAUUUUUCUCGCUGGACAACGGCAGGUUUCAUAAAAAAAUAAAUCUGCAAUCAAUAAUCGUCCAAAGUAGCCCCCGGAACAAGAAGAUGGGAACCUCCGACUUGUCUCACUGUAACUGUGUUUGCAACACCGCAGUGAAGCAUGUGGCAAAUGUUACCACACCAAUCGUUCAUCGCCGCUCCCAACCUCCGUCGAUUGGGGCGCUACCUCUAGCUCUCUUUCUUUUGGCACAAAGCAGUGCCCAGGCUGCGAGGGUUCUGCUCAUGGUUCCUGCCUCUUCCAGCAGAGGGCAAAACAUCCUACAGCGAGGAAAUUGGAAAAAAGUGAUAGCUCGGUGGACCUAGCUUCACUUUUGCUGGGUGCAUUUCGACUGCCCUAACAGCAUGCAAAGAUCAAGCAUUGUUUCUGGAAGUUCAAUACAGAAAGAGAGCAACACCGAAGCACCUUCAAAGACGCAACUUUUAGGCCCAUGGUCCGUCGCAGAACAGGAAGACCUGUGGGGGAGGAAUCUCGAAGCACGGUGAAGGGCAAGUGUAGCUUUACACGGAAGGGGCAUUUCGAGGCGAAUAAUUUGUGCUGAAAUUUUAAGACUCACUUGUACUCAAAUAAAUCAGGAGUCGGCAACUCUCAUGUUUGGGCUGGGAUAGAGAGAUUGAUUCACCGUUUUGCUGCCACGAGCUCUUGAAAGUUUAAUGCAUUGAGCCAACUUGCUAAAGGCACAUUUAAUGAUUGUUUGCACAUCAGAUUGAAUAUGUUUCUUAGAUGUACUUGCAUGUCUGCUUCAUAACUGCUGGGGUUGUUUCAUAGAAAGCUUUCCAUUUCCACCCUGAAUGGCUUGGUUCUGUUUUCUACCCUCACAGAGAUAUGCUGUACAAACAAGCAAUUUUCUGCAUUGCUUCAAAUUAUUUUUGCCUCUGCAACGGGCACAAUGUAAAUAGCAUUACUAAGAAUUUACUCAAAUUAUUUAACGACAUUCGAGGCUCAGCUUUUUGUACCACGCACUUUAGUGGAAGGAAAAUGAAUCUGCCGAUUUUGCGUAGCGGAAAAGAAUUCAUUACACAUUUCAUUUCCCAUGUGGGGAGGCACCAUCAGUAUAGUACUACAUACGCCAGUGAGAGAGUCCGGGACUGCGCAGUCUUAUUUAUCGGUAAUGUCCGUACACACCACAGUUUUUGUGGCAACCUGACCCAUCCCCACAGAAGAACCCCAGUUGCUGGAGUUUCAUUGGGACCUGCCUCUUUUCCUCUUUGACAAUGCCUCCAACACGGGAAGCAAAAUGCCUCACGAAUGUCUUCCGUUACAUGAAGUCCACACGUAUACAUAUUUUUCUCGUGGUAUCUCUCGGCUUUAGGAGUGUUUUCGAGCUUCAGCAGAUGACAUAUUUAUGGUUUAAUCAAUCUUCACUUGUUUCUGGCCAGUCGUUUCGGUAUAUCGCGUCGGCACAUUGGACCGCAUAAAUGUUUUUCUUCGUUCCGCACACCGCAAUUUUCCAUAGGGAUGUACUCAGGUGGUGGUUGUGUCUUGCCCGUCUUCCAAGAUGGAACACGCUUAGGCAUCUUUCGAUAUGCUGAGAGAGGCCUUUGUCCAUACAUUGUUCCUGACUGCUCUUUGGGACGUGCAUGACUAGUUGUCCUUAUGGAGAAUUUUCAAACGACUGCGCUUAUUCCAGAUGCGACACCCUGUGCACGAAGUCAAAGACACUGAAGGUUACUACGUAUCUGAUUGAGCCUAGGCGAACAAAUGAUCGAAUAUCUAGCAUUGCGAUCAGUGCAACUUCAACCCGAAAACUACCUUUGCCGUUUGUCACAAAGUUGUGAAGCUGCCUUGCUCGGUAUGGUUUUUUUUCUGACUUUCUCCCUUUUUUGUGCUCACAUGACUUGCUGUUUGUAUGGUUGGUUCCUUGGCUUCCUCUCGACAACAUGGAGAAAAUAAAGGUUUGAUUGAAAGAUUCAA